AUGAAAGGACCCGCAGGCGAGUGCGUCGCCUCGUCCGUUCACAUGACCCUCCUCUGCUGCUUGUGCACAGAUGGCGAUUAUGGGUGCCAGGUUGUCUGGCCUCUCAAACGCCCCUCGUCGUGGGUGGCACGGUGUUUGGCCGGGGGACGGGGAGGGGAGGACAUGUCGGCGCCCAGAUGGGACAAAUCAUUUGUCUCGCCUGUUGGUGGGUGUAUGUAUGCGUAUGCAUGUGCUUCAUGCGCCGAGGGUCCGGACCGUGUUCAACGUCGAGUCCACACUGCACUGAGUGAGGCUCUGAAGGUCACGACAACGUCCAUCAAAGACGGAUUGGAGGGUGUUACAGUCUCGGCCCUGGAGGCUGUGCCACCCAGUGGACCUACAAAAGCGGAGCUUCAAGUUUCAACGCAACAAAACCGAAGAGUUAACCAAAUGGACACACUACGCCAAACGCCACAUAAGCAAGAUUUAAUGGUUGGGCUCAAGUGUGCUGAUGAUUGA